UAAGUCCUAGGGCACAAAUGUCAAAACCCGAUCCUCUCUCUCGGAUCUCACUUUUUAGGGUUUUUAAUUGCUCGUUUCCACUGUUCUUCCCGCGUUUUCUAGGGUUUGUUGAGGUUUACUCCUCUUCGCCCUGUGUUUUCUAGGGUUUUUAAGGUUCCUCCCUCAGUCCGCUGCGUUUUCUAAGGGUCUCCUCUCUCACUCGGUGCCACUCGUAGUCCUUUUCAAGGGCUGAGGCAUUUUCUAGGGUUAUUUUUCGUGGGCUAGGGGGGAUUUUCUAGGGCAUUUGUGGAGUUUGGCCAUGGCGACUGAGAGGAAGAGGAAAGUUAGCCUUUUCGAUGUGGUGGGUGACCCCUCUGUGGCUGCCAAAAAGCUAAGCGUUAAUGGCUCAGCUGAUGUGAACAGGUGGAAUGGGAGACCUUAUUCCCAAAGAUAUUUUGAGAUUCUUGAGAAGAGGAAGACCUUACCGGUUUGGCAACAAAAGCAAGAGUUUCUUGAUACGCUGGAGAAGCACCAGACGCUCAUAUUAGUUGGAGAAACUGGCAGUGGAAAGACCACGCAGAUUCCUCAGUUUGUUGUUGAGGCUGGUUAUACCAGCAACCGCAAGCAGAUUGCUUGUACCCAGCCUCGUAGAGUGGCUGCAAUGUCUGUCUCACGUCGUGUUGCAGAGGAGAUGGAUGUUACAAUUGGGGAAGAAGUUGGUUACAGCAUCCGUUUUGAAGACUGCACUGGUCCAAAAACAAUUCUCAAGUACUUGACCGAUGGUAUGCUUCUUAGAGAAGCAAUGACAGAUCCACUGCUGGAGCGUUACCGAGUGAUCAUAUUGGAUGAGGCCCAUGAGCGAACUGUAGCAACUGAUGUUCUUUUUGGGCUUCUUAAGGAGGUCCUAAAGAAUAGAGCGGACCUAAAGCUUGUUGUUAUGAGUGCAACAUUAGAGGCUGAAAAAUUUCAGGGUUAUUUUUAUGGAGCCCCGCUUAUGAAAGUACCUGGUAGGCUUCAUCCUGUUGAAAUCUUUUACACACAGGAUCCAGAGAGAGAUUAUCUAGAAGCAGCCAUUAGAACGGUUGUGCAAAUACACACAUGUGAACCCCAUGGGGACAUUUUGGUCUUUUUAACUGGAGAGGAGGAGAUAGAAGAUGCUUGUAGGAAAAUUACAAAGGAGAUAAACAACAUGGGUGAUCAAGUAGGGCCUGUGAAAGUUGUUCCACUUUAUUCUACAUUGCCUCCAUCAAUGCAGCAGAAGAUAUUCGAGCCUGCUCCACCCCCAUCGAAAGAAGAUGGCCCUCCCGGUAGAAAGAUUGUAGUUUCAACCAACAUUGCUGAAACUUCUUUAACCAUUGAUGGUAUCGUUUAUGUUAUUGACCCUGGUUUUGCAAAACAAAAGGUUUAUAAUCCGAGGGUUAGAGUUGAAUCUUUGCUGGUAUCGCCAAUUUCCAAAGCAAGUGCACACCAGAGAUCUGGCCGUGCAGGGAGAACCCAACCUGGGAAAUGCUUUAGACUUUACACUGAGAAAAGUUUUAGUGAUGACCUUCAACCACAAACAUAUCCUGAGAUCUUGAGGUCAAAUCUGGCAAAUGUUGUUCUCACCCUGAAAAAGCUUGGAAUUGAUGACUUGGUUCACUUUGAUUUUAUGGAUCCACCUGCUCCUGAAACCCUUAUGCGAGCAUUAGAGGUUUUGAACUACUUGGGUGCUCUGGAUGAUGAUGGAAACCUGACCAAGUUAGGAGAAAUUAUGAGUGAAUUUCCUCUGGAUCCUCAGAUGUCGAAGAUGCUUGUUGUUAGUCAAGAAUUCAAUUGUUCUAAUGAGAUCCUCUCAAUUUCCGCUAUGCUUUCAGUACCCAAUUGCUUUCUCCGGCCUAGGGAGGCUCAGAAAGCUGCAGAUGAAGCGAAAGCUCGAUUUGGACACAUCGAUGGGGAUCACCUUACGCUCUUGAAUGUCUACCACGCUUACAAGCAGAAUAAUGAAGACCCCACUUGGUGCUAUGAGAACUUCAUUAACCAGAGGGCUAUGAAAGCUGCUGACAAUGUGAGACAACAGCUGGUGCGCAUCAUGGCGAGAUUCAACCUCAAACUAUGCAGUACUGACUUCAACAGCCGUGACUAUUACCCCAACAUAAGGAAAGCCAUGCUUACAGGCUACUUUAUGCAGGUAGCUCACCUUGAGCGAACAGGCCACUACUUGACAGUGAAAGAUAACCAGGUUGUUCACCUGCAUCCUUCCAAUUGUCUUGAUCACAAGCCGGAAUGGGUCAUAUACAAUGAGUACGUCUUGACAAGUAGAAAUUUCAUACGUACGGUUACUGAUGUGCGGGGCGAGUGGUUGAUUGAUAUUGCGCCGCACUACUACGACCUUUCUAACUUCCCCAAUUGUGAGGCAAAGCGUGUUCUUGAGAGACUCUACCAGAAGCGGGAAAGGGAUAGGGGAGAGAGCAAAGGCAGAAAAUGAGAUUUCCCAGGACUCUCCUGCGUUGUGGUCUUUAAAAACAUGCAAUCCAUUUUGUGAAAAAAAUAUAUUUAUGUCGUGAAAUAGUUGUCAAAGCUUCUAAUGGAUCUGAAAGAGAAGACCACUGGGAAAGUUUUUAUUCUUUCGAGUGGUGGUUUUGAUCCUUUAAAGUUUGUGUAACACUUCUUUUUUAUACUUUGCUUAUACAAUACAUUUUUUUCAUUGGUGGAAUUUUGAA